AUGAAUCCUGAAAGCAUCCCCGACAUCCCCUCCAGCCUGCCGAUUUUAAAGCCAGCCGAUCCGAUCCCUGAAGCUAAACCUUGGUCGAAGCACCUCGAGCGUUUGCCUUGGUCCGUUGCGAAGGAAGGCGACCUUGUCAAAUCUGUGUUCGUGGAGUUCAUUAUGGGCCAGGACAAGAAACGCGAUCCGGUCGUCCGACCCACAAUGGGCCUUCAGCCUGAGCGCUGA